AUGCCGUUGUGUCUCCUGUAUAUUCUUUCUUUCUCUCUACUUUUGUUUCAUACCCUCGGCUGUCAAGCUAUACGAGAAUGUUUUCAUUCUUUUCUCUUCUCUCUCUCUCUCUCUCUCUCACUCUCUCUCUAUCUAUCUAUCUAUCUAUCUAUCUCCCAAAAUUCUUUUCUUUCUAAUUUCUUCUGUUCAUUUAUCCGCCUCUCCAUCCCAACACGAGCAAUUUCUUUCUUUCCACGUCUUUCUUUUCCAUUCUUUUGUUUUUUACUUUCGGAUUUCCACCUUUCUUCUUCGCACAUCCCGUGGUGCAAUGAGAAAUCUCUUUCAUUCUUCUUUUUUCUUCUUUUCUUCCAAAUAUUUUUCUUUCAAAUUUCGUCUCUUCUUCUCGCUUGUCUAUUUGCGACGACACGAGUAAAUUCAUUCUUUCCACGUCUUGUCUUUUUUCCUGUAUUUCUUUUCCUUCUGUUCUGCUUUCUUAUCUUUCUCGCCCUAUCUCACUCUCUCUUUCUCUCUCUCUCCCUCUCUCUCUCUCUCUCGCUUUUCCAUUUCUUUCCUUUUUUUAUCUCUCUCCCUCUUUCUCUCUUUUUCUCUCCCUCUCUCUUUCUCUCUCCCUCUCUUUCGCUACCUCUUUUUUCUCUCUCUCGCUCUCCCACCCUCUCUUUCGCCCUUUCUUUCUCUCUCUCUCUCUCUAUCUCUCUCUUUCUCUCUCUCCCUCUCCCCUUCUCUCUCCCUCUCUCUCACUCUCUUUCGCUACCUCUUUUCUCUCUCUCUCGCUUUCCGACCUCUAGUUCCCCCUCUUUCUUUCUUUCUUUCUUUCUUUUUUUUUCUCUUUUAAAAAGAAGAACUUUCUCUCCCCCUUUUUUUCUCUCUUUCUCUUUCUUUCUCUCUCUUUCUCUCUGCCUCUUUGAAAAUAGUCUCUUUCUGCACUGGUACUUACUGAUCAAAAUGGAUUACAGCUAA